CAAAUAGUUUCAGUUUUAAGAACGCGGAAGUGUUGCCAGCAUUGCCUGAAUAUAUCUAAUUGGAAGGAUUCACUUUAAAUGUAAAUUUUCUAAAUAUCUGUCAGCAAAAGAAAAAUCCGCGAUAACUUGUGUGAUAGGCGGACACAGCUUGAGAGAAAGACAAAACUAAUUAGAGAUUAAAAAGAAAAGGCAGCUCGUUAAGAAAAUCUCUGUUGGAGACGGCAGUAAUAUUUAUACUGAGAAGUAAUGUUUAUCGCUAUUUAAAUGUGAGUGCCCUUUGAACAGACGAUACUGCGCUUUGCACUCUAUAUUGCAAACAGAGAUCGAACUAUCUACUACUCUGGCUCGGAGAUUCUUACACCGGUGACAUAACAACAAAAUUAUGAGUUACGCUUUAGGUUAUAAAAUUUAUGGUAAUACUUAUACUGAGAAUGAUAUUUUAUGUAAGCUUAUUCAGGGUGAUAGUAGAUGGAUUAAACAAUGUUUCACACAAAAUCCACAUUUGAUUCCUCAAAACAGUGUAUGUGGUCUAAGUUUCCUGUCUAUUGCUUGUCGGCUGGGUGACAUAGCUACAGUGAAAUUGCUGAUAGAAAACAAUGCUCAAUGCAAUGUAAAUGCAUCUGAUAAAAAUGGCUUUACUCCCUUACAUUAUGCUGUGCUUGGCAACCAUCUUGAGGUGAUGAGCUUAUUGCUGAACUAUGGGGCUAAUGUCAAUAUACAAAAUGGAAAAGGUCAUAGUCCACUACAUCUGGCCAUUAUUAAGAACUAUAUAAAUCUGGUUAAGCCGUUACUUGAAGCUGCAAGAAACAGUGUUGAGGUAUGCAUAAGAAACAUUGAUGACACUCAGGCAAGAAUAUUCCAGGUAUGCAUAAGAAAGACUCGAUUCAUGGGGCGAAUAUUUAUCACCCGUAAAAAAGUUGGUAAUAAUACAAACCUUCUGGAUCUCGCCUGUGAUAGUAAUAAUGUUGACAUGGUUAAGUUGUUACUGAAAUUUUGUGUGGUAAAGAUGGGUUAUGACACAGCUCUUCAUCUGGCAUGUUGUGUUGGGCACAUUAAGUCAGUAAAGUUGAUUUUACAGUCUGAACAAGACAGCAAUGUUGUAAGGAACAAUGGUUUCACAGCACUCCACAUAGCCUGCGAUAAAGGAUUUACUGAUAUAGCAGACUUGUUAAUACGAUUCAAAUCUGACAUUAAUAUGGUCAGUACCACUGGUGACACAGCUCUUCACAUAGCUUGCAGUAAAAAAUUUGUUGAUGUAGUAAAGUUGUUAGUAAAGUUUGAUGCUGAUGUCAAUAUUGUCAACAGCCAUGGUCACACGGCACUUCACAUAGCCUGCGAUGAAGAAUGUACUGAUAUAGCAAACUUUUUAAUACAGUCCAAAUCUGACAUUAAUAUGAUCAGUACCAGUGGUGACACAGCUCUUCACAUAGCUUGCAGUAAAAAAUUUGUUGAUGUAGUAAAGUUGUUAGUAAAGUUUGAUGCUGAUGUCAAUAUUGUCAACAGCCAUGGUUACACGGCACUUCACAUAGCCUGCGAUAAAGAAUGUACUGAUAUAGCAAACUUUUUAAUACAGUCCAAAUCUGACAUUAAUAUGGUCAGUGCCAGUGGUUAUACAGCACUCCACAUUGCCUGCAAUAAAGGAUUUACUGAUAUAGUAGACUUGUUAAUACAGUCUGGAGCUGACAUUAAUAAAAAGGAUAAAUAUAAUGAAACAUCCCUACAGUGUGCAGUUCUACGGUAAGUCAAGAAUAAUCCAGAAUAUUUGCAUCUGGUUCUCUUUUAUUUUUCUGUUUUGCCAAAAUUUUAAUUUUUAACAAAUCACUUAAUGCCAUCAUUCCACUAUGGGGCCUCACUCUUAAAUCUACUUCAUUAAGAAAUCAUCAUCAUCAUCAUCAUCACUACCACUUUCAUCCUUAUCAUCAUCAUUGUCACCACCAUUACCAAUCCCUGGAACAGUCACCUUCAGAAUUAUAUACUUAAGAGUAUUAACUGUUGUCACAUUGUUUCAAGUUAAAUUCCUACCAGGAAUUGUCAUUUUAAGGGGUCAAUAGAAAUUUAUUCCAGUAAAGUUAAGGGGUUAAUUCAGAAAGCUGUGCUCUACUUUUUUCCUAUUCUUGUGUCUAAGCUAGAAAUUAUGAUUAUUAUUGUUCAAAGUUCAAGUUUCACUGAAGUCACUUGCCUUUCAUUAUUUCUAGGUCAGUAAAAUAAAGUACCAGUCAAGUACUGGAAUUGAUGUAAUCAACUAACUCCUUCCCUCUAAAAUUGCUGGCCUUGUGUCAAAAUUGGAAGCCAUUGUUGUUGUUGUUUUUGAAGAUUAGCCUUCAACUUUCCUUUGGGUGGGAAGGGCAAGCAGAUUUUCUGUAGUAGUAGUAGUAGCAGCA